AUGAAGAAGGAAAAAGAAGAAUUCAGUAGAAUAAAAGAGAAUGGAAAUUACCAUUCAGACUAUCAUUAUAAUUUUUUACAAAAAAAUAGUAUUCAAUUAAAAAAAAAUUUAUUGGAAUGGUACUAUAAAUAUAGGCGUAGAUUACCAUGGAGAAAUGACAGCCCGCCUUAUACAACAAAUGUUCAGUUAAAUGAAUGUAAAAAUCAAAAUAAUAUUUUGAAUUAUUUCAUUAAAAAUGAUAAAAAAAAAUAUAUUAUAGAAAAUAUUAGUAUAAACGAGAAAACAUGUGAUAGUAAAAGGGAAAAAAGAGUUAUAAAAGUAAAAAAAGAACAGGAUAAUAUAGCUUCUCAAAAAUUGAAAAAAAUGAAAAAAGAAAAUGCAAAUGAAGAUAAUAAAAAAUUAUGUAAUUUAAUAUCAAAUAGUGAUAAUUUUGAUAUGAAAAAAAAUGAAAAUAUAUUAAUCAUUAAUAAGAAAACUGAACAUGAAAAUGUGGAUAAUUAUUUAUUAGAUAAAGACAAUUUAAGUUUAAAAGGAUAUAAAAUUUAUAUUAGUGAAAUAAUGCUACAGCAAACAAAGGUGCACACUGUUUUGAAUUUUUACUUAAAAUGGAUGGAUAAAUGGAAAAAUAUUUUUGAGUUAUCAAAAAGUACUUUAGAUGAAGUGUUAAUAGUAUGGAAAGGGCUAGGUUAUUACAAUAGAGCAAAAAAUUUAUUGGAAUGUUGUAAGACUGUUGUGGAAAAAUAUAAUGGUAUAUUUCCAAAUGAUUUAAAAUUACUAAAAGAAUUACCAGGUAUUGGUAAUUAUACAUCUAAAGCAAUAUGUAUUCAUUUAUAUAAUAGAAAAGACAUAUGUAUAGAUACAAACAUUAUAAGAAUUUUUUCAAGAAUUACUGAUACGAUAAAUUAUUAUAAUUCUACCAUUUUGUCUAAACAUUGUGAAAAAGUUAGUCAUAUUUUAUGUUCAGACGAAUCUAAUUAUUCUGACUUAAGUCAGGCAUUAAUGGAUUUAGGAUCUAGUAUUUGUAACAAUUCUCCCCAAUGCAAUAUUUGUCCCAUAAAUAAAAAUUGUCUUAUUUAUUUAAAAAGAAAUAAGAAAAAUAAUUUAUUUAAUAUGGAACAUUCUGAUGAUUGUGAGUUAUGUAUUAAAGAAAGAAAUGUAGAAAUCAAAAAUGUUCCUCUAGUUAAGAAAAAAAAAAAAACAGAUAAAAUAUGUCUAGUUUUGUUAAUAAAAAAAAAAAAUAAUGAGAACAGAAUAGAUGAAAAUGAUUUGAAUAACAUUGAUAAUAGUAAUUUAGAUUAUUAUUUGAUGAUAAAAAAUAAAGAUUCUAAUUUAUUUUCAAUGCAUUAUUUAUUUCCUUUUGUACUUCUUGAUAAAUAUGAUAAACAAAUAUUACAUUUGCAUUUAAAUGGUAUACUAAGGAAUUUGAAUUUAAGCAAUGAUCAAAAGGAUUCCUUUUUAUAUAUAAAUAAUUUUAAACAUAAAUUUUCUCAUCUAACAUAUGACACAUAUAUUUAUUUAUGUUCUAUUUUGGAAUAUAAAAAUAUGGCAAUGAACGAAGAAGAAUAUACAUGGAUAAAGUUAAAAGACAUCAAGGAUUUUACACACAACACAUUUUGUCAACAUAUAAUAGAUCAUUAUAAAAAAAGUAUGAAUGAAAAAAAAAAUUCUCUAAGUUGUAGAUAUAAAGAUUAUAUAGAGAAUAAUUAA